AUUUCAUUGCAACUGUAGUUUGGCCCAGCAAUACGAAGCAAGUUUAUAACGUCGGCCCAAAUCGUCUUUAGAAAAUCUCUAAAACUAAAACCCUAGCUGACUCACUGCCAUAUAAUCUCACUUCGCCAUCAAAUUUUCUCAACUGCAGCAGCGACGACACAACCAUGGGUGCCUACACUUAUGUAUCGGAGCUAUGGAAGAAGAAGCAAUCCGAUGUGAUGCGGUUCCUGCUUAGGGUUCGCUGCUGGGAGUACCGACAGCUUCCUGCUGUUGUACGUGUAACCCGCCCCACACGGCCCGACAAGGCCCGACGCCUUGGCUACAAGGCCAAGCAGGGGUAUGUAGUAUACCGAGUUCGUGUUAGACGUGGUGGACGAAAGAGGCCUGUUUCAAAGGGUAUUGUGUACGGUAAGCCCACAAAUCAGGGAGUUACUCAGCUGAAGUUCCAACGCAGCAAAAGGUCUGUUGCUGAGGAGCGUGCUGGCCGUAAAUUGGGUGGUCUAAGGGUUCUGAGUUCUUACUGGAUCAAUGAGGACUCUACAUACAAGUAUUUUGAAGUAAUAUUGAUUGAUCCAGCUCACACUACUAUCCGCAAUGACCCGCGUAUCAACUGGAUUUGCAACCCAGUCCACAAACACAGAGAGCUUCGAGGGCUUACAUCUGCGGGAAAGAAGUACAGGGGUCUCAGGGGCAGGGGCCACUUGCACCACAAAGCUCGUCCUUCGAGAAGGGCGACAUGGAAGAGAAACCAGACCCUUUCCCUUCGCCGUUACCGUUGAUCUUGAACAUUUUUGGGUUUUCGAUAUCAAACUCCAAAUGUGGUUUCUGUGUUGUAGGAGUUUCGCACAAUUUUUAGGAGUCUUUUGAGUUUAUCUGUUGAGCGUGUAUUGCAGAUUUAUUGUUAUUGAACUAUUCUCUUUGAAUCUCUAUUUGCAUUUAAAAUUAUACUUAUCAACAGUGUAGGCCAGACAUUUGGCUGUUAAUUUAAUUUAGCAGCUGUUGCUGGUGGCUUAAUUCGUUUUCUUGAA